CUGCUUAUUAAUGGGAAGGGAGGAUGAUGCCGUCCAGGAGGAAAGGCAGCGGGGGAAGGACCGCAACGAGAACGAGGUGGAAUCAACAAGUAGCGCUAACGAGGACAUGCCCGUGGAAAAGAUCUUGGAAGCUGAACUUGCAGUGGAGCCAAAGACAGAGACAUACAUUGAAGCAAACAUGGGCUUGACGCCGAGCUCGCCUAAUGACCCGGUGACGAACAUAUGCCAGGCAGCAGACAAACAGCUCUUCACCCUGGUGGAGUGGGCCAAGAGGAUCCCCCACUUCUCCGAGCUGCCCCUGGACGACCAGGUCAUCUUGCUCCGAGCAGGGUGGAAUGAGCUUCUAAUCGCCUCCUUCUCCCACCGCUCCAUAGCCGUGAAAGACGGGAUCCUCUUAGCCACCGGGCUCCACGUGCACCGCAACAGCGCGCACAGUGCUGGCGUCGGGGCCAUCUUCGACAGAGUACUGACAGAACUCGUGUCAAAAAUGCGAGACAUGCAGAUGGACAAGACAGAGCUAGGCUGCCUGCGAGCCAUUGUCCUCUUCAACCCCGACUCAAAAGGUCUCUCCAACCCGGCCGAGGUGGAGGCGUUGCGGGAGAAGGUGUACGCGUCGCUAGAGGCGUAUUGCAAACACAAAUACCCCGACCAGCCCGGGAGGUUCGCAAAGCUCUUGCUCCGUCUCCCAGCCCUCCGGUCCAUCGGCCUGAAAUGCCUGGAGCACCUCUUCUUCUUCAAGCUAAUAGGCGACACGCCGAUCGACACCUUCUUGAUGGAAAUGCUGGAAGCGCCACAUCAAAUGACUUAGAGAACUGCUGCUGGGUCAGUCCCUCGCCCGGCCGGGGUCUCGCAGGGCCCCUUCCUCUGCUUUCCUCCGCCGCCGCCCCAGCCCGUCCCUCCCUGCUCUCCCCAGCGCCGGAGGCACCGUCUGAUCCGGGGCGACCCCGUGCCGUCCUCGCCUCCUCGUCGCCUUCACCCUUGUCCGUUUGCUGUCACUGCUGCAUCUCAAGACCUGCUCGCUGGUUCCCUGCGCUAGAUGUAGAGAAGUGGGAGCGGAGAG